UCCAAUAAUCCUUAUACCCUUACCAGCUCUCACUCAGAGAAGAAAGAAGAGAAAUUCUUCCAAGUUUCAGAAACAGAAAAUGGGGUGCAAAUCGUGUGAGAAGCCAAAGCAGAGACACAGAAAAGGGUUAUGGUCACCUGAAGAAGACGAUAAGCUCAGGAAUUAUAUAAUUCAAUACGGUCAUGGCUGCUGGAGCUCCGUUCCUGUCAAAGCCGGUUUGCAAAGGAGCGGGAAGAGUUGCAGACUAAGGUGGAUUAACUACUUGAGGCCUGGUUUGAAACGCGGGAUUUUCACAGUUCAAGAGGAAGAGACAAUCUUGGCCCUCCAUCACAUGUUAGGCAACAAGUGGUCUCAGAUCGCUCAGCAUUUACCUGGAAGAACUGAUAAUGAGAUCAAGAACUACUGGAAUUCCUACCUGAAGAAGAAAGUUGUGAAAGCUGAAGCUUUUGGAGCUCAAAGUAGCAGUUCCCAAUCUCUCAUGGAGUCCACACCUACACAAACACAUCCCACCACCCAAAUCACAAGUUUGGAUUCUUUCAAACUCGUGAGAGAUUCUCCCACUAAUACAGACCAAUCCGUUCCACAGAUUUACGAUUUUCACCAACCUAUUAAAGAAACAACCCAGAGCUCUCUCCCCAAGCUUUUUUUCGCCGAAUGGUUCUCAUUAGAUCAUAUUCAUGGCCGGAGCAGCUUCGUCAGCGCUAGUGAAACGGUGGUUCCAAGAGAUAAUUCCAACGAUUUAAACAUCGAUGAUGAUGCAUUUAGUCAAAACUUGUUGCAAUUUGAUGGACCUUUUAGUGGUGGAUAUGAUGAAUUCCCUAAUGUGUUCGGUAAUGGUUCUGCCGCCGGCGAGAAAUUCAUACCUCAUCAGUUCGAUUCUAUCGCCGGAAACGGGUUCUCUGAUUUUGUUUCUGUUGGACAGAGUUGCAUUAACGAUUUCAGCCUGGUCCAUGAUAUAAUCUACUGAAGUGUAUUAAACUGUUAAUUGUUGAUUAUUGUUAUUAUUAUUAUUAUUAUUAUUAUUUCUUUUUAUGUUACAUCAUCAAUUGUUGAUGUUUAUAUUUCAUACGAGGUUCGUUAUUAAAGGAUGUGAAAUUGUGAAUAUGAAAAUUAAUUUG